AACAUAGUGGGUCCACAGAGCUUGAGCUAGGUAAAACAGGGUGUUGAUGAGGAUUUAGUCCGGUUGUUGCUUGCAGGCAUCCUAACGAGCCCUGCUGUUAGCAGCUUACAACUCCACAGCAGGAGAAGAAAUUAGCAGGCAUGGCAGAAAACCCCAAGAAUUUAGAGCAGGAAAAAUUUCCUUUCUUUUCUCUAUCGCAUCAGAACCAGUUAGGGUUUGGUUUUUUCGGAUCUUCUGAAAAGCCUCGUCCGCCGCCCCCUCCUUGCGUCGAAGUUCUCUUCUCAGAGGCUUUGUUGUCUGCAAAAUCUACCUUGGAGUCUAUCAAUUUGGAGGGAGGUCUAACUUUGCAUAAGGGUCAAGUGAGUACUUCCGAUGUUUUUGGUGUAUCCAACUCUGAUUUGGUCCCUGGAAAAUAUGAAGGGGGUCUGAAGCUAUGGGAAGGUUCACUUGAUCUGGUUAAGACCCUUAUUUCGGAGGUUCGAGAUGGGCACUUAUCUCUCACUGGAAAGCGAGUAUUAGAGCUUGGAUGUGGUCAUGGAUUUCCCGGGAUCUUUACAUGCCUUGAGGGUGCAGCUGUGAUUCAUUUCCAGGACUUCAAUGCUGAGGUCCUACGAUGUCUUACAAUACCUAAUGUAAAAGCAAACCUCUCAAAAGAGCCACUCUUGCAGCAGUCUCUUCUUAAGAAUGGGUCAGACGUGAUCAUGUCAGCAGAUAUUCGUUUCUUUGCUGGUGACUGGAGUGAAGUUCACCAUCUGCUUUCUCCCAAAUGUGACAAUGAGUGCCAAAAGGCUCCAGAUUCAAGUUCAAAGCAUGAUCCUUGUGAUGGCUAUGACAUCAUUUUAAUGGCAGAAACUGUUUAUUCACUUUCCUCUCUGCAGAGUCUUUAUGGACUCAUGAAGAAGUGUCUGUAUCGGCCCCAUGGAGUUGUUUAUUUGGCAGCAAAGAAGCAUUAUUUUGGAGUAGGAGGGGGGACAAGACAGUUUCGAUCUGUAGUAGAAGAAGAUGGUGUUAUGGCAUCUGUUUUGAUUGCCGAAGUUGCAGAUGGUUCAUCGAAUGUCCGAGAGGUAUGGAAGUUUUCAUUUAAAUAAUAGACUUGGUUUUAUUGAGUGAGCCAAACUUCUGCCUGCCCCUGCCUAUUGAGAAUCAUAUGGGCAAAGAGGGAUGGCAUGAUAGCUGGCUGAUAAAUACAACAUAUACAGUGACUUUGAGCUAUCUAUACAUAGGCAAGACUCCAAGCUUUUUGUUCCUCUCCUGUUCGCAUAUGAACUGUUUUUAUCUCUAUUUCUAACAUUUACUGUAUUUUUAUUUUUCAAAAUACCUCUAACAAUAAAACUGAAGUUAUCAGCAUUGCUUAAAUCUGAUACAGAUUCAUGUAACUCUGUAAACUAAUUUUUGUGGUCCUUAGAUUCCAAGAAACAACUCUAUUAUAAUUUCAAUCAUAACUUACAGAACUGGCUGUUAAGGCUGUUUCAGUAUAGAUACUGUGUAUAGCAUUGGUAUAUUUAUCAGGUUCCUCUAUGCUUCCCUA